CGAGGAUGAAAAUCGACACGUCAAUGAUUCAUCCGGAUAAGCUCGCGCCUUCUACGGCGGAGCAACGCCACAAAAAUCCACCUCCCCACUUCCCUAUAUAUAUAUAUAUAUUCCGUCUUCUUCUUCUUCUUCCUCAUCCAUAUCCACUCUACUAAUCCGAUCGAAUCAAUCCGAGCUCCGAUUCCCCAAAAUCAAACCAAAGAGAUCGAAAUUCGAAGAAGCUUCUGCAAUGGCUGCUGCAGUGGGAGCGAUGGGCGCUUACGGGUCGGGUCUCCGAUCGAAGAGCUCGCGCGGAUCCAGAGUCUCGUGCGUCGGAUCUUCUUCAUCGUCGUCUUCUGCGAGCGAUCCUUACAACACUCUCAAGAUCCGCCAUGGCGCCUCCGAAUCCGAGGUCAAAAAGGCUUUCCGCCGCCUCGCUCUUCGGUAUCAUCCGGACGUGUGCAGAGGAAGCAAUUGUGGGACCCAAUUUCAUCAAAUCAAUGAAGCUUAUGGGAUAGUAAUGAGCCAGUUGAAGGAAAAGACGAAUGUGCCCCAAGAGGAAUACUACGACGAAGGGGUAGAUGAGUCAGACCGGUGGGGAGAAUGGAUCGGAUGGGAAGCCGCAUGGAUGCCCGAUUACUCUGCCCGCAUCAACGAGGCUUGCAUUUGAAAUGACCCGACCCACAUUUCGUUGCCCGGCUCUAAACGGGUCGUUGAGUUCUAAACUAAUGUGUAAAUUAUAACAAUAUAAUGAAGUCCCAUGUUCAUUAGUUAGUUAGUUUAGCUUAGCUUUCUUUUUGGUAUGAAAAGCUGUAGAUUUUCGGUUUCCUUGCCUUCUACGUGUAUAUACCCAUUAUAAUAAACUAUGGUAUCUUCAAAGAUAAUGAAGAUCUGUACCAACAAUAUCCCGUAAUUCUGCUUGGUCUUUAGAGAUGUGGAACAACUUUUUUGAUUAGUGUUAGUUGUUAGCGUUUGAGAUAAAAUUUCAAUGGGCUGACAUUAAAAGUUACUUUUGGAU